AUGACCGUGAUUACGCCGGCACUUUCACCAUGGCUGACGCCGCCGAAUUUACCUGCGGCGUGUGUGGGGAUCUGUAAGUUAUUCUGUUUUGUCUUUGUUCUCGUUCUUACUGUUUAAUUUAUUCACCUUCCAUGCUUUCAAAUGUAAGCAAAUUAUGCGACAGUACGAGGAAGUUCAAUGUCCGGUGUUUGCAAGACGUUUUGCAUUCUCCUAGAACGUAGCUGUAAAAAUGCCAUACGAAAUAGCAAAUUUGUAUCUAACAACCGAAAAACAUGUUUAUGCAUUCUUAUGAAAUAUCAGGAUGGUAAAAAGACAAUGGUAUUUAAGUCCUUUUGCACUGACUUCAGAAAUAGAAGGAUAACAAAACAGCUAAAUAAGACCGGCAUUUUAGAUGCCUUUGCGGUCUAUUUAUCAUCGGAUUACAUCUUGGGAGUCUUUCUGAAUUACUUGCUUACCUUUGCGCAUUACUGACUGUUAAAAGGAACAGCUAGUGUCAUAGGUAGCCACUUAAAUACAGUUUUUACAAGGCAAAACUGGUUUUCUAGGAGGGGCCCUGAAACUGACUCAACCAGUAAAGAUCGCCCGUCUGCUGCAGGUUAUCCAAUUAUAGAAUCAUAAUAAGUCCAACGUUUUGAAAACUUUUCUGCAGUCUUCAAGGGCUGACUAAAUCUUCUUCAAUGCCUUCCGAAGAAGGAAAUUCACUUAUGCAGUAGAAAUCUGCUCUGCGAGAUCUAAUCAUAAUUUCCUUCCAGUUCAUCUCGUCUCUGAUUUGAUAAUAGACAACAGGACUGUACGGGAUUUGAAGUCAGGCAGAUGAACACAUUAAGGCUCGAUUGGUCCGAGGUUUCAGCCUUACACAGAUAAAUGCCUCGGUGACCUGAUCCGAUAUGAUAACGCGCAAUCCAAUUCUGGCACGUCCUUGGUUUUCUCUGCUGUUUUCAGCUUUCGAAACCCCUACAGCCUGCCAUGUGGUCAUUCUUUUUGCCGACGCCCGUGCCUUCUCCCUACACCCUCAUCCACCCAAGCGAGUUGCAUUCACUGCUUCACUGAGUUUCAUGUGUCCCAAUUGGUGCGAAACUAUGAGAUGGAAGAGAGCGUGCGAGCGCGACGAGACCAAGAAUCCCGACGUGUUGCCUGUUUCCUAUGCAGGAGUCUGUUUGAGCAUUGCCCGGUUUGCCCCCACUGCCACCAGCAACUGUGCGACCAUUGUUUAA